AUGGAGGUGGAACAUUUCCAAACCCUUUACCACGUGUUUGUGGCUGCCUUCUGUGUUUUUGUGAUUACUACAGCAGUUGACCAAGGGAGGGUUCGUUGUGAACUUGACCUUUUCCUUUAUGCCUUUGGACAAAUUGGCACGGUUACAUGGUCCUGGAUCUGUAUGUUUGUAUAUACACUGUUGGUGCCAUAUAAAGCACUAGUCUUUUGGGGGUCUUUGUAUCCCAAAUCCAAUCACAAAAUCAUGUUGUCUGCCUUGGUUGUAAUAUUUCUACUUGUGGGUCAGACAUGUGUCCUUUGUAUUUUCCCUGUCUAUGUGGUAAAACAUUACCAGCUGCCUCCAGCAUCAAGUUUCAUCGUCACCCUGGAACAGGUUCGAUUCCUUAUGAAGACGUAUUCCUUUUUACGAGAGGUAGUUCCAACUGUCUUACAGAAGGAAAACAAAGAGGUUCAACUGCCACAACUUUCCAGUUACCUGUAUUUUCUCUUCUGUCCAACGAUGAUCUAUAGAGACAGCUAUCCCAGAACCCCAUACAUCAGGUGGAAAUACGUAAUCAAGUAUUUUGCGAAGUUCCUAGGCUGCAUGUAUUUCAUCUGCUAUGUCAUGGCCACCCUGUGUAUUCCAGUGUUCACCAACAUGAGCAAACAGCCAUUCAGUGUAAAGACUUUGGUGUUAUCCAUCUUCCAAGCUACACUGCCAGGUAUCUUGGUGCUGCUGCUGUCAUUCUACGGCCUUUUGCACUGCUGGCUGAAUGCUUUCGCAGAGAUGCUCCGCUUUGCAGAUCGCAUGUUUUACAAGGAUUGGUGGAACUCCACUUCGUUCUCAAACUAUUACCGGACAUGGAAUGUGGUGAUCCAUGACUGGCUCUUUUAUUAUGUGUACCAAGAGCUUCUGUGGCUGCUGAAUAGAAAGUUUCGGUCAGGCGCGUUGCUGGCUGUGUUUCUCCUGUCCGCUUCUGUGCAUGAAUAUGCCAUGACAGUGUCACUUGGUUAUUUUUACCCGGUUAUGUUUUUGCCUCUUUGCAAUAAUUGGAGUCCUGUUUAA